CAGAUACCCGGAUGAAGCAUGUCCGCCCGCGGGGGCGGCAGGUUGCGGCUGCUCUGUCUCCAUGGAUACCGGCAGAGCGCGGACAUCUUCCGCGCGCGAACCGGGUCCCUGCGCAAGGCCCUGCGCGGGCGCGCGGAGCUCCUGUACGUGGACGCGCCCCAUUCGGUGGACGCGCCUCUCCCGUCAGGUGAGGGGGCGGGGCCUUCCCUGACGUCACUCCAGGAGGGCCCUGCCAUUGGCUAGGCUGAUUGGGUGUCGAGUGUUCCUCUGAGCGUGUGCAGAGUGCGAUCCCCCCCCUCAAAAAGCCUCUUCCGCCUCCCAGAGGGGCAACUAAUCAGGAGAAAGUCUCGUUAAUCCAUUUUGUGAAUUAUUUUUUUAAAAAAGAAAUCUGCCGGGCCAGCAGCCCCGCGGUCUCCCAGAGAGGACUGGGCCAGUUGGUGGCGGGUGAGAGGGCUGUCGAGGACGGGCUCCGAGGGGCCAACGUGGCUCCAGGAGGGGAGGGUGGCUCUGGGGCUCGGAUCCCGUUUGCUGGGGGGCAUCGGCCACCGUGAGCAGAGGAGGCUGGGCAGGAUGGGCCCCUCUUGGGCCGGACCCUGCAGCCUCUUCGGAUGUCCUCCUGACCUGCCAGGAAGGAGACCUUGGAAUUUCCCAAACAGGCUUUCUCCAGCAGUUUUUGGACUACAUCUCCCAUCCCCCCUAGCUAGCGGGACCAAUGCUCAGGGCUGAUGGGAAUUGUAGUCCCCAAACAGCUGGAGACCCAAGUUUGGGAAACCCUGCUCUAGUUGAAUGAAGGUGUUGCAUGUGGUGUGCAGCAGCUGCUGCCCCCCCCCCGGUCCUGCUGCUUUGUGGGCUUCCCUUGGGGGCAUCUGGUUGGCCACUGUGGCAACAGGAGGCUGCGCUAGAUGCUCCCCCCUUGGCCUAAUCCAGCUGCUGUAGGGCUCUUCUUCGGUUUCUCCAUCUGUUCUCAGCCACAGAUCCCGCAAUGAGCAGGCUCAUGAGGUGCGUUUGUUAGGGGAAGGAACUGGAGUGUAGGGGCAGAUCAGCUGCUUUGCUGGAAGAAAGUCCCAGGUUGAAUCCCUGGCCUCUCCAGUUAAGAAAAAGCUCCAGCAAAAUCCUGGUUUCCAAACCCAUGGCAAAAAUCCCAGUGAAGCCUGUAAAAUACACUGCGGUUGGUAAAGUCCCUGUUGCCUUAAGCGAGUCCUUUCUGUUUCCCUGGCAGGGAUGGAGACCCUACCAUUAGUGGUCUACCCACAGGCUGAUUGUAAGAAUUACUGAGAGAAAAUCUGUUCUGAGGUGGGAGGAACAAGUUAUGGUUUGUAUUUGAGUGGCAGGUCUGUGGCGUGGGCCCUCGUUUCCUUUCCCUGUACAAAAACACAUUAGUCACUGUAUGGUUUGAUCAUGAACAUUUGUACAUACUCAUAUUUCUCACCCUCUGAAAGCAACGACACUUCAUGAGUGAUUGUUAGUAGAAAGGUCAGGGACCAGUGAGAAAAAAUGGAGACAGUUGCAGCAAAAAACAAGUCUUGCAAUGACACCUGCAGGAAGCCUUUGCCUGUCCUCUGCUGGUUUAGAGGCUGAUGGGAUUUGUAGUCCAACAACCCCUGGAGGGCACCAGGUUAAAGACUUGCAGAUUUAUUAUGCUCUAGGAGCAUAAGAAGAGCCUGCUGGAUCAGGCCCAUGGCCCGUCUUGCCCAGCCUGCUGUUCCUGCCCCAAAGGGAAACCCUCUAGCAGGAUUCAAGCACAAGAACAACUCUUCCCUCCUCUGGUUUCCAGAAAACUGGCAUUCAUAAGCGUCACUGCCUCUGACUGUGGAGACCACUGGGGCUAGCAGUCAUCUGCAGUCCUCUCCUCCUUUAAUGUGUCUAAUCCUCUUUCAAAACCAACUUUGUCAGUGGCCAUCGCUGCCUCCUGUGUGACUGAGUUCCACAGUCUGCGCUGUGUAAAGUCCUUAAUUUUAUCUGUCUGGAAUCUUCCAACAUUUUGAGAUUCAUGGGAUGGCCACAACAUCUAAGGUUAAGAUUUGUUAUGCUGCAAGAGAGGGAAUUAAUGAAGAGUGUUCCGAUGAGUUGUCCCUCAUCUGGUCUCUCUUGACAUUCUUGCUAACCCCCACCCCUUUCCAUUGCAGGGGAAGCUGCCUCAGGUGCUCUAGAAGCUGACUCAAAGGGCUGGUGGUUCUCCAACCCCCAGGAAGCGACAUUCAGUGCCCUGGAAGAAGCGUCUUCCUGCAAAGGGCUAGAGGAGUCCCUAGACAGCGUUGCCAAAGCCUUUGCGGAGCAGGGCCCCAUCGACGGCCUCCUGGGCUUCAGCCAGGGAGCGGCGUUGGUGGGAAUCAUUUGUGCCCUGAAGCAGCGCGGAGACCCCCGCUUUCCCUUUGACUUCGCCAUCGUGGUGGCUGGCUUCAAGAGCCAGGCCGCCCCCCACCAGGGCUACUACCAGGAACCCAUCGUGGUGCCCAGCCUGCACGUCCUGGGCGAGACGGAUCGGGUCAUCCCAGCUGAGAUGAGCAGGCAGCUUGCCUCCUGCUUUGCGGAGCCUGUCUCCCUCAUUCACACAGGGGGCCACUUUGUCCCGGCCUCCGCACCCCAAAAGAAAGCCUAUCUGGAAUUCUUGGAUCAGUUUGUAAAGUGACUGCAUUGGGGCCCAGUGCCCAGGCUGCUUUGGGGCUUGGCCGGAGUGGGACUUCCGGCGGAUGAAGGUUUAAGGGGCAGCUCUUGGCCUGCCUGGUCACUGCAGCGAGAUGGCCAGAGAAUCCUAUUUGUUUUGCAACCACUGCCUUGAGGGAUGAGUAAACUGGGACUUGUCAGAUCUGAAAAUCUUGUCUGUCCCUGUGUUGAAAAUUAUUUAAAAAGAGCUCUUUAUUCUUCCCCUACAGGCACAGCUCUGGGGUUUUCAUGGGGGAGAGCGUCAGCUGCCCUUGAGGCUGGCAGUUAAAGCAUGCAGGAUACCAGUGGGGUGGGCAAGAAUUGCUGAGACCUCUUCAACUAAGCACUGUCCUGAGGGCAUCCCCCUGGGUCCGCCUGCAGCUGCCCCCUGUAAGUUAGAAGUUAUGGAUAUUAGGUCCCUCAGUUCGUUCCACACUCCCUCCUUGUUCCUGAAAUGGGCAAAGCAUUCAAUGUGGCCGUUCAAAAGCAUCAGAGAUUGUGAGUUCUAGAAGCAGCGAUUGAAGCCACGUGGCAAUAAAUGGUGCAGGAUCGUUUUCUUCCACUCCCUCUUCAGAAAACCAAAAACAUAAAUUCUCCUGUUUUUAUUUUCUGCAUCUCCAAGCUUGUUGUGUAUAUCUGUAUUUUCUUGUUGUAAUUCUUUGAUCUUUUUGUCAUGGGUUAUUUUGUUGCGGUUGUGUUUUCUGUUAAAGAGUCAGG